AUGAACUCGUCAUCUUAUAAACAUUGGCUGAUAGAGAGCCCUCGCCUUAGAAACCAGAGCGUCCCGGGAUUCGCCAGCACCAAUGGCUCACUCAGUACAGGGGCCUCCUCAGGCUGCUAUGAGCAACUGUGGAUCUCAACGGAGGUCUUCCUCACACUCGGCAUCAUCAGCCUGUUGGCCAACAUUUUGGUCAUUGCCGCCAUCAUCAAGAACAAGAACCUGCACUCACCAAUGUACUUUUUCAUUUGUAGUUUGGCAGUGGCCGACAUGUUGGUUAGUGUGUCCAACGCCUGGGAGACAAUCUUCAUCGCCAUGUUAAAGAGUAGGCAUUUUGUUGCUCGAGACAGCUUGAUAAAGAAUAUGGACAAUGUGCUGGACUCCAUGAUCUGUACCUCUCUGCUUGCCUCCAUUUGGAGCUUGCUGGCCAUCGCCAUCGACAGGUACAUCACCAUCUUCUACGCGCUGCACUACCACAACAUUAUGACAGUGAGAAGGGCGCUGGUGGUCAUUGCUGGAACCUGGAUGGCUUGCACGGUCUCGGGGAUCCUGUUCAUCAUCUACUCCGAGAGCACCACAGUCGUCAUCUGCCUUAUCACCAUGUUCUUCACCAUGCUCGCCCUCAUGGCCUCGCUCUACGUUCACAUGUUCAUGCUGGCACGCUUACACGUAAAGCGGAUUGCCGCUUUGCCUGGCAAUGGUGCCAUCCACCACAUGGCAAACAUGAAAGGGGCCAUCACCCUCACCAUCCUCCUUGGGGUCUUUGUCGUCUGUUGGGCUCCUUUCUUCUUGCACCUCAUCCUCAUGAUCUCCUGCCCCCGAAACCCGUACUGCCUUUGCUUCAUGUCGCACUUCAACAUGUAUUUAAUCCUCAUCAUGUGCAACUCAGUCAUCGAUCCACUCAUCUACGCAUUCCGCAGUCAGGAAAUGCGCAAGACUUUCCAAGAAAUAAUCUGCUGCUACAGCCUGCAUGGGAUUUGUGACCUGACAAAUAAAUAUUGA